AUUAUACUUCCACAAAUGAAGUUUGGGGUAUAUAGGAAUCGCCCUGUCCGUCCAUCUGUCAAUGAACCACAAUUGGAGUUGGAAUCUGAAAGUGAUACAAAUGCAAGUGCUAUUGGAACUAGAAUUGUGAAGAAAAACAUUUCCAUUAAGUUGAAGCAGCCUGCUAAAGCUACCCGUGGUCGCCCUAGAAAAGGUUCCAAGGUGACCCGCUCUACUGCAAAGAAAGAAGAAAUUGUAGAGAAACCAGAGACAGGUGACCAAGCUGGAAAUGAUGCUAUAAUAGACGCCCCUAUAUUUAAGCAGCCAGCCAGAGAGCCUGUUCACCAGAGCCAGCCCCUCCAAUGGAACCACAAGGUUAACCUUAUUGGAGAGAAGGUGGUGGACCCUCUAGUACAUUGUUGUGAAAAAUGUCUGCUGCCCAUACUUAUAUAUGGUAGAAUGAUACCCUGUAAGCAUGUGUUCUGUUUUGAUUGUGCAAAACAGACAGAGAAAACAUGUCCAAGAUGUGAAGACCCUGUGCAAAGGAUAGAACAAUCUGCCCUGGGAACAGUAUUUAUAUGUACGUACGAGAGUACAAAACAUGGCCGGGCAGGUUGUCGUCGGACAUACCUCUCGCAAAGGGACCUUCAGGCUCAUGUCCUUCAUAGACACAUUCGACCCGCAGAACUGAGUGCUAAGAUGAGUGGAGAAUCUUCUAGAGAUUCUCAUGGAGGGUCGGAGUCUUCUCAUCGAAGUAGUCAGUCAUUAGACCAAUACGCAAGCUCCUCAUCCAAACAGAAGCAUAUGUCAUCGUUAGAACAUUACUCAACCUCAUCUGGGAGACAUGUCGAGGGAUCACACAGCAUGUCGUCAAGGUCAGGUGGGGAUGACACAUUGUACCGUGAAGACAGGGUUAGCCGUGUGAUGUCACAAAUUCCUGCUCAUACCCAGCCCCUAUCUUCUCAGCACAACAAUGUCAUGUCUGUGAGUCAAGCCAUGAUUCCACAUAGCCAGCCUCCUUCCCAACUUCAGAGCAUGGGUAUGCCACCACAGCAACUGCCGGUGUCAUCACAUGAUGGCUAUCAGAUGUCCAGUAUACCAGCCAUGUCUGGAGGAAGGACUAAUUUGAUCACCGUUCAACUGCAGGAUGAUACAGACUUUAGGAGACGCGAGUCUUACAUGGCACCUCAGACUGGAGUUAUGCCCCCUGUUUCAUUUUCAACUUCAAUCCCCCCUCCAGGACUACCACCCCCUCAGUUUGCAUCAUCAACAAUGGCUCCGUCCAUGCAUCAAGGUCCACCUCCUGUUUCUUACACUACACCCCAGGUGAAUCAGGGAGUGCCAUCCCCCUUCUCCUCCCCAACUGUAGGACAGUCAUCUUUAGUGUCUGGCAUGCCCAAUUCCUCUGUAUCACAUCCUCCCCCAGGGCCAGUCCCUCCACCCCGAGUUAAUGUUCCACCCCCUGUAUCACUCCAUGGACUUCAGGCAGGACCCCCAAGGAUGAACAUGCCCCCUGGUCCUGGUCCUGCUCCACAAACACAUCUCCCCACUGGCCAACCUCGUUAUCCUAAUCCUCAUGGACACUUUGAUGAAAAUCAACAAAAUUCUCCCUUUGGACCUGGACAAAACCCCCGAGCACCUUGGACUGGGCCUCCACAGAGGCCUCCCCCUCCCCGCCCAGGAAACGCCCCCAUGCAUCCCCCUCCUCAGAGACCACAAUCUGACUAUGGCCAAUUCUACUGAAGGUUGUACUUGUACUAGCUUGUGUUUAAAAGUGUUGUUUACAGAUAGUCAUUAAUGUGUAAAAUCAUAAUUACAUGUAUCAGUUGAAAAUUUUGUUUAUUUGUCAUAUUUUAUUUUUUUCAUAACAAAAUGCUUGUGCAGAUGUAUAUUUUCAGAACUUACAGAGUUAAGAAUGCUAUUGAUAAAGUUGAUCUUUAUGAAAUACCAGUUCAGAUUUAUAAUACUAGUUUGGGUAGGUAUGUUUUAAUACCCAUUUGUUCAUUACAAACGGCACUAGACCUAAAUUUUAAGAUAGUUUUGAAACCAUUCACUCUGGUCCUGAAAAUGACAGAAAUGUUUGCCAUAUUGUAUAUUUUCUGUAUUUAUUAUGUUAGUAUAUUGGGAUGUUAAGACAUACUGUCCUUCGUCAUCUUGAACAUUGCUAUUUGCAGAGAAGUCAUUCAAAGAUAUCCAACAAUGCUGGAUAUUUGACAGAAGAUUGAUAAAAAAUGAAUGUUUUUAUUCUAAAUAUAGUAGUUUUAUUGAGAUCAUUAGGCUAUUAUCAGUGUUAGUUGUACUGUUCAAUUGUUCAUGGAAAAUAUGAAACAUCAUUAGUUGUGUGACUAAAAAAUUUUGCAGUGAAUAACUAGAUGUAUAUAAAAUAUAAAAAAAAUAUAUUAGCAACUCACAAAUUUAUCUGUACAUGUAUUCAAAUUCAAUGGGUAAUAUUCCAUGAACUAAAGAUUGGUUUAUUUGUUUUAAGAUUUUAUGAAAAUAGUUGAAAAGAAAUUGAAGAAACUGAUUAUUAUAUUACAACCUGUUACAUGAUCUAAUAAGACUUUUUCAAUGAUUGCGCUAAAACAUGUUUAAAGCAAAAAAAAAAAAAGGGGGGGG